GGCAGGGCAGGGCGGGCGGGCGCGACGGCCUCUCGGGGACUCUUCCUUCCCGGCGCCGCGGAGUUGGCGAGCCUCGGGGCAGGAGCCGCCGGCGGCGCCCCCGACCAUGGUAGCGCGCCGGGGGGGAUCCCCGCUCGGGAAGUGCUGCUGGGCCAUCUGGGUGCUCCUGUGCCGGACGGUGCUGGCCAGCUCGCUGGUGCUGGAGCCCAUCUACUGGAACUCCUCCAACCCCAAAUUCCUUCCUGGACAAGGACUGGUACUAUACCCAAAGAUAGGAGACAAACUGGAUAUUAUAUGCCCAAAGGUGGACUCUAAAACUGUUGGCCAGUAUGAAUAUUAUAAGGUCUACAUGGUUGAGAAAGACCAAGCAGAUAGCUGCAUUGUUAAAAAGGACAACACGCCUCUCCUUAACUGUGCCAAACCUGAUCAAGAUGUUAAGUUUACUAUCAAGUUUCAAGAAUUCAGCCCUAACCUCUGGGGCCUGGAAUUUCAGAGAAACAAAGAUUAUUACAUCAUAUCAACAUCCAAUGGAUCACUGGAAGGCUUGGAUAACCAGGAGGGAGGGGUGUGCCAGUCAAAAGCCAUGAAAAUCCUCAUGAAAGUUGGACAAGUUCCCAAUUCUGGUGGGUCCCCAAAUAAUGCUGAUCCAACUAAACGCCCGGAACAGGAAGCUGGUACCAACGGAAAAAGCUCUACAACAAGUCCCUUUGUAAAGGAUCACUCAGGUUCCAACACAGACGGCAGCAAGGCUGGUCAUUCCAGUAUCCUUGGUUCAGAGGUGGCCUUAUUUGCAGGGAUAGCUUCAGGGUGCAUCAUAUUCCUCAUCAUCAUCAUCACGUUGGUGGUUCUGCUGCUGAAGUAUCGGAGAAGACACAGGAAGCAUUCGCCACAGCACACAACAACUCUGUCUCUUAGUACGUUAGCCACCCCAAAACGCAGCGGGAACAACAAUGGGUCUGAACCUAGUGACAUUAUCAUCCCUCUGAGGACUGCAGACAGUGUCUUUUGCCCCCACUAUGAAAAGGUCAGCGGCGACUAUGGACACCCAGUGUACAUAGUUCAAGAGAUGCCCCCUCAGAGUCCAGCAAACAUUUAUUACAAGGUCUGAUGAACGCUCAGCAAUGGUACCUUUUGGAACUCUUUCUGGUCAAAUGUUAUCCAUGACGGGGUUGGGUUGUGAUGAACCCCUGUGCAGGUUACUGGACCAGGUGCAGCGGAGGGAACAGCAAGGCCCCACCCUGUUGCAGAGAGACGGACAGCUUCUCUAGCCUGUAGGAUUCCUGUCUCGGUGGACAAGCUUGGGCUUGGAAGCUGGAAGAAUUUACAUAGAAGAUACCCAUACCAAUUGCUGUAUAUUCAUCACCCCCGAAGCCAUGUGCUGCAGGCUUUCAGGCACGUACAAAAAGCCCAGAGAAGAUGAAGCAAUUCAUGGAUGUUAAUGGUUUUAGGCAUUCUAGGAAGAAGUCUUAAGUCAUCAGCCUUGAAAUGAAGCCCAGUGACUGCGUGUGCUUCUCUGUUAGUGCUUUUGGAUUUGUCAUACAGACCUUGGCUUUUAAGUAAGACUUUUAAUCAUUUUUCUUGCUUUUAGUCUGUCCCUGUUGCAGUUUACUUCAGUUAGGUAGCAUUCUGGCAUUCUUCACACGCAAAUUAUUUCUCUCCACAUACUGCAUUGCUGUUGGAAAAUGUAAUGUUUUUUGCUGUUCCAUAUUCCCAUCCUUUUUCCAAUAGCAGCCUCACUUGAAUGGAUAAGACUCUGGGAGAAAUUGGGCUUGCUAAAAAGGAAAUCUUCUGGCUGAAAGUUAAGCUUGUCAGCAAAGUCAAAUGUAAGAUAGAGGUGGCACAGUGUGGGGAAGGGAGAGGGAAGGGCCAGGACUGGUGCUGCCUCUGAAAUUAAACAGACAACACCUGAUAGUUUAGGUAGCACAGCACUUUGGAGUUCUAAGAGGCAAGUUAUGGGACACAGUAGCAAAGGGUAGUGGAUCAGGGCUGUACUUGAAGAAUGCCAAGGUUAUUCUCAAGUAGCAGUGUGAAGGAGAAAAUAGUUCUCUCUUCAAAGUAGGACAAAGAGAGGGUAAGUCAAAGAGUGUACCUGGAAGACAAGACAAUAGACAGUCAUUGGUGAUAUACUAGGGCAGGACUUCUGUGGUACUGUACCAGCAAUAAGAUGUACAGCAUUGAAGAAGCUGUAGCAAAAUCUUGGCCUGCUUCAAAUAACACUUGGUUUUUAAAAGUAGGCUCAGCUGCUCUACUUAUCACAUUUUAACUAAUAACAAGGGAGGGGGGGGAGAGUGUUUUAAGAAAACAGCAACAUCUGACUUAGGAGGGGGGAAAUCACAAAACCGUCAAGAGGGCUAUAAUUCCAUCACUUAAAAAAAAUUCACAUCUCUUAAAAACUGAUCAGGAUUUUAUUUUUCCUCCAAUAGAGCCUUUUUACCUUUCUAGUUUCUGGCAGUGCAUUUGCAAAUGGAUGCUCUAGUGGACAUUGCCAUUCCUAGGGUGUUCUCUUUCCGAAUUAAAGCACAUAUGGUAAACUGCUUAUGGUCCAUAAAAAUGCAAUACGUUCAAGACACAAGAGCAGAGUGGGGAAAGGAAGGUAUGACUUAUUUAUAAUAGGUGUAUAGAACCCAAGGGAUAUAAAGUAGCAGAUUUUGUUGAUUACUAAUAUAUAUAUAUAUAUUGAGAUUGCACAGAAUCUAUACCAGAAGAUGUGAAAUUCAUCUGCGGCAGUGAAAUUAAUCUUAAAUGGUAAGCGUUAAAGCAAAACAAUUUGGGCAACUACUUCUGGGAAAGAAAUAGCUUCACUCCAAAAAUAACAGUACUGGGAGGAAAUAUAAAAAUAACAAAGCCCUCUAAAGCUGUCUUACAUAACAAUAGACUAGGAAAUACAAGCCUCAAAAUACCACAAAAUCAAUUUAAGUUCAUCAUGCAUUUUAACAACAACAAGAUACUCUGGUGGGUUUUCCCCCCCUGUGUUGUUUUUCUCCCCUUGCCUUAUAAGAUGGAGUAUUCCAGCUAGUCACAAAUAGGAGAGUUCCAGUAUAAAGUUUCUGCUUGAAGCAUGAAAGUUGUCCCCCCUCCAACCUCUAAACCCUGAGGGGGGGGGCGGGCGGAAAUCUACUUUUUUAUGUGCUAUGCAAAAUAGAUGUCUUUUCACAUAGUCCUGUUACCAUAGUAACGCUUCACUUUCUGGACUGGAAAGAACAUGUAACUACAGCAUUUUAAGGUUCUCAAACCUCCACUGAGCACGUGCAAAAAUGUACUGUCAUAGAAAUGAUUACUCUCUGUAUUUUCUGAACCUGAAAAUGUUGGUCCAGAAGAGGAGGGUGGAAAGGAAGCAGGGUUCUGUGGGAGGUUACCAUGGUAACUGACUACAAUACAGAUGUAAUUCUUUCCUAAACCUUCCUCUCUGUGAAUCCAUCCAUGCAAGAUUUUUUCUUGUAAGUCAUUAAGAUUUUGUUUUGGGGGAGGGGGAAAUGAUGGGCCUGAUUUUUUUUUUAAAAAAAUCAACAGUAUGUUUAAAGGGUUGGUUAUAUUAUGAUUAUGUUCUAAACUGGUUGGGGGAGGGAUAGGAGGACUGGAAGAAUCAAUGGGGAAAAGAGCACCCUACAACCAUUGCGGGGGGGGGGGAGAAAAAGAGCCCCAUAUAUCUGUGUUGUGUCUCGUGCAGAAUAAUGACAAUCUUACCAACUGUUCCUUUAGUUGGUGUUGGUUCAGCUUUGAAAAGUUACUGUAAAUGCCUUGCUUUGUGUUACCCCUUGACCACCUAACUUUUUGGAAUUUGCACCAUCAUGUCUAAGAGUGAAGAUGCUGUAAAUAAGUUCAGAUUUACUGUAUAUGGAUUUGGGGUGUUAAAGUAGCCUUAUUCACCUUUUUAAGUAAAUAUAAAAUUUAAAAAUACACAUGGAAACAAGAAAAAACAUCUUUUCUUAACCAGAUUGUGUAUAUAGAGCAACAUUGGUUUUUUAUAAAGUCUAAGCAAGAUGUUUUGUAUAAAAUCUGACUUUUGCUAUGUAUUUAGCUACAGCUUGUUUAAAGGCAGUGUCAUUCCCCUUUGCACUGUAUCCAGGAAAAAAAAAGAUAUGGUAUAAAAAGGUUGCCAAAUUGCUGCAUAUUUGUGCUGUAAUUGUGUACCAUGAAUAUUUAUUUAAGAAUUCCUUUGUCCAGUUUGUAAGUAACACAGUAUUAUGCUUGAGUUAUAAAUAAUUUUUUCUCUUUUUUAAAAAAAACCUAGACUGUCAUAGAUUUGAAAUCUGCUUUUGUUCUCCAUUGCGGUUAGCCCCUCCCAGAAAAUGAAAUCUAUGAAAAUUCACAUUCCGCAUCUGU